CACAGACAUCCACGUGGCUUGGACGCUCGACUUUGAGGCUCGUGGGUGUUUGGUUGGAGGAGCUGGAAGUUGGGCCUUCUGGAUCCACGGCUGACAGGGCAGCUGUGCAUGCACAGUCCCGCUCAGCGCUCGUAGCUGUGAGGACACAGCGAGUGCAGCUGCAGCAGUCAUGGCUGCUGGCUUCCUAAUUACAAGAUUAUUGCUGGUCUGUUUGUUGAGUGAGGUGAACUACUCCUCAGCUUUUCCAAGAGCCAGGAGUUUUGUGCAACCUAGAUUGUGGCAAAGUGAAGGAGAGGAGGAAGAAGUCUAUAACUAUGAGAACUGUCAUCCUUUCUACUACAUCAGUGCCCAGGACAAAACAUCGGAAAAGCAGGGAGGUUUUAUGGCGGCCCCUAUCCAUAUCUGUAAACAAAACCAUCCCAUUGUGUCCCAAAAAGCCUCAAACCUCAAGCCUGCAAACCCCUUCCAGCCACGAUCUAAUGUUGCCACCAAAUGGCCACAGGAAACUAUUCUACCACAGCCUCCAUCACAGAAGAUGUAUCUAUCACCCAAACCCAAAAGCUAUGAAUUCAGUCUGAAGAUUCCCUUUCUUGAUUUCCUGAUAAGAAAUGAUGGAAAGAAUUCUCCCAAUAAAAAACAUGAAGGUGGAAAUGAUGCACCUGCUGUCUCCAAACCAGGCUUUCAGGUCAGCUCAUCUGUUUCCUCUUCAUCUGUUUCUCAAUCUGUCAACACCCCAACCACCAGCCAUGUUGUUCAUUUGGCAAGUGAACACAAUCCAGAGAGUCCUGAUUCUGUAAAACCAGAAAAACCAAUUUCAGCCAUGAUUGGAUCAAGGCAACCCUCAAACUCUGCUGGUACUGGCAAUACAGAAACACAGGAGCAGCCAUAUCCCAUCAAACCACAAUCAAGUUCAACUUUAUUUGGAUCAGGAAGACCAUUUGUAAGUUUUGCUACACCCCAGCAAGAGCCUCAUGAGCCAGUUCAUGUUCAGCCAAGUUCAUCUCUGGCUGGGUCAGCAAGGCCUUUCCUAAACUUUGGGACAACACACCAGCAGACUUAUAAGCCUGUUCAUGUUAAACCACCAAGUUCAACCCUGACUGAAUUAGAACGGCCUUUCCUAAACUUUGGAACAACACGACAGCACAGUUAUGAGCCCUAUCCAGUUAAACCACAAUCAAACUCAGCAAUAACUGGAUUAAGGCAACCCUUCUUAAACUCUGCUGGUACAGAAGCACAGGAGAAGCCUUAUGAGCCAUAUCCCAUCAAACUACACUCAAGUUCAACCCUGGCUGAACCAGCAAGGCCUUUACGUUUUGCAUUGCCACAGCAAAACAUUCAUGAGCCAGUUCGUGUUAAACCAACAAGUUCAAACCAGAUUGGAACAGAACGGCCUUUUGUAAGCUUUGGAACAACACAACAGACUCAUAAACAAUAUCCCAUUAAACCCCAAUCAAGUUCAAACCUCGUUGCAUCAGCAAGGCCUUUCCUAAGUUUUGCAGCACCACAGCAAGAGACCUAUGAUCUAUUUCACAUUAAACCACAAAGUUCAACCCCAGCUGGAUCAGAGCGACCUUACUUUGGAACAACACAACAGCAAACUUAUGAGCCAUAUCCAAUUAAACCACAAUUUAGUUCAGCCAUGGCUGCAUCUGCAAAGCCUUUCCUGACCUUUGCAGCACCACAGCAGCAAGCUUAUGAGCCAUUUCAUAUUAAACCACAAUCAAGCUCAGUUCGGUUAACCUCAGACUGGCCUGCCUUAAACUCUGCAGCUGCACGUCAGAAUUAUGAGCCGGUUCAUGCCAAAAUACAAUCCUUUGACACUUGGCCAUAUUUUCGGGACAGGCCAAUGAUGUCUUCAAGCCAAAUGAGAGUCCAAAGACAGGACUCUGCCAGAAACAAACUCGACAGGAAAAGUGACUACCUAAAACUUUUUGAUGUGGCUGGAAGUGAUGGUCAUAACGAACUUGCUUAUAUUUAACAAGUUCAGGCUCAAGGUUUUAAGUCUGCAAAUGUCAAAUACUAUCACAGUUCAUCCCGUUGCUUCUAAUACGUUUUUCAUAUCCAGCAACAGCAGGCAAGCCACCGGCCCUUCCAAUGUUAUCACC